AUAAACCCUAUGCACCCUCAGACUCCUGUCGUCUGCAUGCAGUCAGCCACGUGCCUUCAUAUCGUCGGAACAGAGCGGGAUGGCGUUAGUUCUCUCUGGCACCUAACUACCCACUCCCCACCCCCGCAGCGACGGUACCCGUCUUGCCCGAAACUCGCGGUCGCUAGAGAGAUAUGGGGGAGGGGGUAAGCAAGCUAAAUGCAGAACACUGUCAAAUAGGAAUAGCUGCGGAAUACUUGACUGACUACAGCUGUACUUGAGGGGGGAUGAGCUGUCGAUCCGUGGAACCUUUAUAAUAAACAAACCGUACGCAAGAGAGGCCGUUUUCAAUGGGAGACGAAGACCUUGGACCCAUCAGAAUGAGGAGCGCAUCUGUUACGUGUGCGAGGGCUUGGAGGCACGAAAGGAUUAGGGCUUUCAGCAAGGAUACGAUCUGAAGAUCUGUGACAUUGCAUGACAGGAGAAGACAAAGGGACGGACAAAAACAGCCCAUCAGUGCCGGCCAGCCCCUCGUACACAGACUCGCAAAAAAAUCCAGUUGACCGCUGUUCCACACGAUGCUAAUGGUGCAUUGAAACAAAGGGCAGGAGGAGGAGGUGAGGGCACCAUGAGCGACGGAGGGCCCUUGCAUGCCGAGGGCAACGCCCUCCUCAAGGCCGUCUUCCAGGGCAAGCUGCGUCUGACCCGCCUCCUGGUUGAAGGGGGCGCCUACAUCAAUGAGGGUAACGAGCGCGGCGAGACCCCCGUUGUUGCAGCCUGCCUAGCCAGCUACGAGGACCCCCAGAGCCGCCACAAAAUGGUGCGCUACCUCCUGGAGAAGGGAGCCGAUCCCAACAUCCCCGACAAGACUGGGCGGACGGCCUUGAUGCACGCGUGUGCCGAGCAAGCCGGUAAGGAGGUGGUGGCUUUGCUCCUGGAGUACGGGGCAGACCCCAGCCUCAAAGACUAUUCCGGAUCCUCAGCUUUGGUUCACGCCAUAAACAAAGGCGACCGAGAAACCCUGCAGAUUCUUCUGGAUGCCUGCAAGGCUAAAGGCAAGGAGGUCAUUAUAAUCACCACCGACACAUCUCCAUCGGGCACCAAAAAGACCAGGCAAUACCUCAACUCGCCCCCCUCCCCAGGAGUGGUUGACAAGCUCACCCCAGUUUCUUGUAUGUCCCCCUCUGAGGUGGAGAUCCGCACGUCCACCUCCCCAGGAACCGAGAAGGAGGAGGAAGAAGGAAUUUUCAACUUUGCCGUUACACCGGCUUUACCUCUGCCUUCCACUCGACCCCCCGGAGAGAAGAGGCCCCCCCCACGCAAGCUGCUUAAACGGUUAAACUCAGAACCAUGGGGGCUGGUGGCCCCAUCGGUGCUAAGUGGGGUCGCUAAGGACAGGGGAGAUGGGGAGCUGCAGGAAGAAGAGCGAGUGACGAUGGAGAUUAACGGCCUGUCUAUCUCCGGCCCCGGAAGGCCCCCCUUAUCCCGUAGGCACAGCAUCGAGACCCAUGACCCCUCCUCCCCGAAACUCAUUGACCGCUCUUGCUCUGAGGAUUGUGCUGCCCUCUGUGGGUCAUCCUGGGCCGACAAGGUGCAGCAGCACCAGACACUGUACCGCAGGAACACCGCACCCGAAUCCCAAGAGACAGCUGGGCAGGUUCCAGUCACUAUCCGGGCCUUAGCCCAUCCCAAAUUAACCCGGAUGGAGCAUUACGAAUCAGACACGCACCUGUGCCCCGAGUCCAUCCCGGGUUCUCCAGAUUCUGGCCGCGUGUCGGUCGAGCGCCGCAAGUACAACGCCUCACCGCUCUCCCUGCUCACCAGCUCUUCCCGGGAGUCUCUGGAGAGCAUCCCCAAUUCCGUGUCUCCAAUCACCAUGCGCCGCCGGCCAACGGGGCUUUUGGAGCGCCGAGGGUCUGGGACCCUCCUCCUAGACCACAUCUCUCACACCCGGCCUGGCUUCCUGCCUCCACUCAACGUCAACCCCCAGCGGCCCAUCCCCGACAUCCGGGCCAACGGGAAGCCCACUUCCCCGAUCAAUUCAGGGCACAAGAUCUUGGUGCCGGUGGCCCCCUCCUCUCCGAAGCGCGGGCCCGACUUCAAGAUGAAGAAGAAACUGAUGAGAAGACACUCCAUGCAGACGGAGCAGAUGAAGCAGCUGUCCACCUUUCAGGAGAUCCUGGCCGAGAAGGUGAUAGAGUUUACUGGGGACUGAAGCGGUUUGGGAGAAAGGACUGAACCUUAACAGGGAAGUGUUUUUGUGGGUGGGGGUGGGGCGGGCUUAGGGACAUCAAAAUCAAGUGGCUGAGAUUGAGGUCCCGUCAACUGAAAGUAGAGAUUAACCAUUCAUUCUAAAUAUUAUUCCGUGCUUCUCAGACCCAGAGCUGCUUUUCCUUCUGAAGAUGGUAGGUCCUGUUUUUGUGCUAAUGCAGAUUCUCGACUUGUUUCCUUCAGCCACGGUGACCCAGUUUGCUUGGCAGCGCUGCUCUUUUGUGCAGUGCGGCUCCGAGCCUUCGGUAUCGCCACGUUGUCGCAGGCAGAUGCUGCGUUCCAGCCUCUUCUGAUUAUUUACCCCAGUCCACUUCGGCUUAAGUUUUCUAGCCCCUCUUCUCGAAAACAGAAGAAUUUUGCACUUGCUCUUCGUGUGAAUUCACACACACUGCAUGUAGGUCGGAGCGAGAGGAAACACCAACGCUCAUAUAAAUUGAACCAAACAGAACGGUGUGUGUUAAUGAAUUGUUGGCAGAGAUGCGUCCUCUCUCCUAUCUAAAAAAAAAAAAGGUAAAACACCCUUUUUGCCGGCUGAUGAUCAGUUACGGUAUUUAUUCCCUUUAGGCGAGUGAAACACAGCAGUAGUUAAUAGUGAUCUUUAAUUCGAAAUGAUCACGCCACAUGAAUAUCUGUUUCUUCAUAUGCUCUACAUUCUUUAUUUAUACAGUAGGCCAUUACCGAUACUAGUAAACAUUUCUUCGUUAAUAUUCCAUGAUUAUUGUAAAACUUCACUCGAAUUCAUUGUGUUUCACCUUUAUACUUUAACCAUGCCCAAACUUUUUAGAGGAAGACCGAAUGAUUAAGUAUAUUUUCUAAUGGACAUAUUUAUUAAUUUGACUGAAGUGCAAUUUACCUAUCUCAAAAUUCCAAAGAAAUUUAGCAUGUAUGCCAGAGCCACACAGGACUGAUAUAUGAACUGAUAGAAAAAAUGGAUCAAAAGAAAAAUAGAAUAUAAACAACCUUCCUAAGUCAACGCACAUUUACGAUGAUUGUGAUGAUAUGAUAGGUUUUAGUACAGGUAUGAUGUAAAUAUUGUAUCUCCCUAUGAAAUUAUGUGUGAUUUAUAUAUAAGAUGUACAUGUGCAAUAUUCUGUGCUGCUUUAUCAAGUAUUUAUAACUUACUGAUUAUAACUCUGGAUGUAAAGUGCUCCUUUCCAAUUUGACAGAAACAAUGUCAUGCAAACCAAAAACAAGUGGGUAAAGAAAUCCAAAAAUCUAAAAGCUACUGAAGUAAUUUGUUGUAGGACAGGGGGUGUUAAACACAUUUCAGAUGUUCUGAAAACUGAAAAGUCAGGAGACCAAAACAAAGAGUCAAUUUUUCAGCUAACGGGACGUUCUCUGAAAUAUACCCAACGGGAUGUUUCAGGAAUAUUCAUUUCUCGAAAUAUUUCUGUCUCUAGGAAAUAUUCCAUGUAAGUGCUGUAAGAUAUAGUGCUGAAUUGCUGUAGUUGUGCUGUACUAGAAUAUUACAACUGACCUAUACAGAGAUAUUUUUGUAUGCCAGUUAUAAAAUGGCCGACCAGAUCAUCUGACAAAAGGUAAAGGAUUUACAAUAUAUAAACGUUAGUCAUACAUUUUUUUAUGUUUACUACACCAAAUGAGGAGGCUAGUGAACAGAAAAGCAUUGGAGCCUUACAGCUUUUGCUCGAUUUGUUAUAAAUGUCUUAAUAUUAUCCAACAUUCUUGUGUGAAACUUAAUGUACGUUUUGAUGCACUAAAGUAUCUUAGAUUACGUUUCAGUCAUCAGAUCAGGUGAAAUAUGGCUGUGUGGUUUGGGCUGUGAAAUGUUUGUAGGUCUUAAUAUACAUAUUAAGCUUUAGGAUUGAAACAACAACCAAAUUGGAAACCAAGUGUUUAGAAAUGUACAAUUACUUAAUCGGUCACUGAAAAUAUUUUUAAAAGCUUAAAAUCUGAGUGACAUAAAAGGUCCAGUUAUAUACAUUUUGUUGUCAGUUUGAUAUCAAUUGGAUGAUGAUCUAGGGUUUCCAUAACGGUGCAAAAAUCAGUACCUAGUAUGUGGACUGUGAAGGGAUGCUGAAUGAAUGUUUGCUGAUUAUGAAUAAAGCAGGUAAAUUGUACUCCCAAGGGAAUACUGUGCAGAAUGUGAUCUGACGUGAUCUAAGACUGAAUUACACAUCAUUCAGCUGUUACACUCAAAUGUGUGAUUCAGUCCUUGGACCGUGUUAAACAAGCAUUAAAUAAUUAUGAAUAUCAAUGUUCACAUAUAUAGGCAUAUAUAUGUGUGUAUAUAUAGAUCAUAUAUGAGAACACCAUUUAUUAAGAGAUCAAUUUGUGUUCUUCCAAGUGUCAUAUGAUGUUACUGUUUGAAUGACCAUAAGGAGCGUUAAUUUAGUCACACGCUCUGUUUGACGAAUCAGCAUCAUAAACACACUACAGCAAAGCAAUAUAUUGUAACCAUCUGAUAACUUACCAUUUUUGUUUCCUACACCAUUGCCUGGAUGUUCUCUAUAUUUCUAUAGUAAUUCAAGAUAAUAAAAAUAAUGUCUUAAAUGAUGUAAUAAUUAUCUCGCAAAGAUGUUCCAACUCGAGAAAAAAGUCAAGCAGAACAGACGUAGGUAUAGAACAUAAAGUAUCUAUAUGAAGUUGAGGCUAAGUGUCGAGUAGUUAUAAUUGUACAUUCCAAUCAACUGUAUUUGCUCUGAAUUUGCCAGCUUUGAGUAAAGGCUGACCACCAGUAAUAAACCCUAAAUCUGAUCUUAGAAAUGUGUUUUGUGGAAUAGUGCCUAAAUGUUUGAUUUGGUCAUAGUGAAAAUUUUAAAAGAAUGUGUUUUAUUCUAUUCUACUGUUUUGCCAAGUUAAAGAAUAGUAGAUAUUUCGGGCUUACAAUAUUGUGAUUUUCUCUGUCUGGAAUGUAACACAGUGGAGAUAGUGAGAAUUAAAAUGAUAAUUAGUCAGCUGUUUUUCAAAAGCUAACGAAAUCUCCUUUUCCAUCAAGAUAUUUAAGAUAUACCCACUGUUUCACUGUUGUGUAGAUGCAUCCCUACAUCAUACAGCUGCUUACAACUAAAAAGUAUGAUAAACACCCAGAAUUCAUUACAGUUUAGCAUAACUCAGACCCUUACGUUAACGCUGAGAGCAAGCUGCUCUGUACGGCGACAGCUCACCGUGGAUUUCAUACCACCAUUUCAAAAGCUGACCGCAAGAAAAGGGGGCUGAAUGUCAGUAGCUCCCGCGGAACAGCAUUUUGAUGAGUUUGACAUCACAUCCUGUUCUCUGCAGCCUGGCUUCACACCUCAGAAUGACUCUCACAAGCAAGCUUGUCACGAUGCUCUAGCAAUUUAUUAUUUUUUGGUUCCCUCAGUUUUCUGCAUCUGAAAGGAGAAAAAAAAGGAGUUUAUUCUUUCAAUGUGCUGGACAUUGAAAUAUUCUUGAGAGAUAAAUAUUGAUUUGGGGCCCAGGAACAGCUGCUUAAAAUAAAGUGGUGGGAUUUUUUUUUGCACAAAUUACCACUCACUUGUGCUAGGAUACCUUCUUUGUUUUGAUCUGCUAUGCAAAAGCCCUGAAAUGCUUCAAUAGAUCGAAUUAAACACUUCAAGAAAACUGUAAAACCCUUUACACCAGUCCACUAUGAGAUAAACCCGCUGCUGCUUGUACUGGCUCCCCUACAGGUAGGAUGACACAGUGCUGAGCGGUAUCACUGACACAGAGACCUGCAUGUGGGCAGAGCACCGUUAGCUACACUUAGAUUAACGCGGCGGACAGCACAACACGAAAGGCUGAUUCCGGUAGGGCAGAACGGCAGGGAGCCAGCGUGAGAGCUUCAGGCCAGCCGGGACUAAAGGGAGGGCUCUGUUCCGAAAGGGGGUGACAUUCCCUAGUGGCAUCUCCACGGCGGAGGUGUCCAGAAUGGUCGCGCGCGCGUUUAGGCCGAAAUGCUCACCUUGCAGCUGGAAAUGUGAUCUGGCGGGGAAAAUGUGCUCAUUAUACGACGUAGGCAGGAAUCGACAGAUGCAAAUCCGAAACAUGGGCUGCAGGAAGGACGUAUGCAUUGUAUUUUAUUUUAUUUACAAUAAAAAGAAAGGCAAUUUAUUUCUUUUGCUGUUUGUUGGCGUGGAUCAUAAUUCUAUGACACUGAUGCGCUGUUUGUAUCCCGGGAGACCACACACUACCCUGGAAGCCAGACUUCAUUCCCAGUGUCCCCAGUCUGUGCCAGGGGCCUUGUGGACGUACCUUUGUCGUGCGAGUGACUUUCAACAUCAAUAAAGUUAUUUUGCAAUCAA